AAUUUCUAGCGGAUUCUAUAGGUCAAUCUCGCCGAUUUUCACCAACCACAUUUGGCAGACUGGUCAUGUGGUGUAAACAACCGUUCAUCAUAACACUUUAAGUCCCCAGGCCGAAACUCUUUUUAGGUUAGUACAACAUGUCGGGCUGUGGCGGUGGUCAUGGUCAUGACCACUCUGGGCAUGGGUCAUGUGGUGAUGGUCAUGAACAUACACCUCCUGAAUUGGGGGUGGCAUACAGUCUCUACACGCGUAUUGAUGUUGACAAUGUGGAGUGUCUAAAUGAAGCAGUUGAAGGCUCAGGGAAAACUGUUUUUAAACCUUGGGAAGAUAGACUUUCUAGAGAGAAGUUUGUGGAAAGUGAUGCUGAUGAAGAGCUUCUCUUUAAUAUACCAUUCACCGACAACAUUAAAUUGAAAGGAAUUAUUGUGAUAGGUGGCGAAAAUGGACAUCAUCCAAGCAAGAUGAGAUUGUUCAAGAACAGAGCCCACAUGACAUUUGAUGAUGUGAAUAUGACAGCCGACCAAGAAUUUGAGUUACAUCCUGACCCAUCUGGAACUUUAGAAUACACCACCAAAGUGGUGACAUUUUCUUCUGUUACCCAUCUCAGCCUGCACUUCCCGAGCAACUUUGGUGAAGAAACUACAAAAAUAUACUACAUAGGGUUUAGGGGAGAAUACACCAAAGCACACAGGCAUGGUGUUACUAUCUGUAGUUAUGAGUCUACUCCUCAGAUGUCAGAUCACAAAGAUAAAGUGCUUGAUAAAGUUGGAAAGUCAGUCAUGUGAGAUGAAGGUUUUAAAAAAAAUUAUGGCCUACUGGCUAUUCAUGAAUGAUUUGGAAGGUUCACAGCACAGUGAACACUCUGUCACUCUGCCUGCCUUUGUCAUAAGUAUGAAAUUUGAGCAACAGGAAGCAUUAUUUAAAUGAAUAAUGUUUUUGCUGUGAAUUGCUACUCACCAAUGUUCAGUGAUGCA